AUGGAUGUCCCACUGAUUAUGGGGAUCCCAACUUCACAUGCUACCCGACCAUACUCUGUGGGAUGGUUUUUCACGAAGUCGGGACGAUAUACGGUUAAAUCGGGAUAUAUGGUUGCACAACAAGCCUCCGAGGAUGCAAACCCUGUCUUUUUUGGACCGGAUACACGGCGGCUUCAGGUGGAUGGGGCCUGGAAAGAAUCAGAGAAUAGAGCUGGUCUAGGAUGGUACUAUUUUAACACGAAUACCCCUGGAAAGCUUAUGGGAGGAUGCAAUCUGAGGAGGGGCAUAUCGCCUCUUCAGGCAGAACUGGAAGCUCUCAUAUGGGCUAUGCAAUGCAUGUUAAGGACCGGAAAAUUAAGGAUGGUGUUUCAGACGGAUUGCUCCGAUGUGGUGAAGAUGGUGUCUAAACCAGAGGAGUGA